UCACUCCGCGAGUGUAACCAUCGCGCGACGACAGGGGGCGGAGUGGAGGGGGAGGGGGGAGUGUACGCAUACACAUCGCGCGCGUCGGCUGUGUUCGUCACGCCGUGUACUUUUUGACCCCGCAAGCGAGUCUUCGCGCGCGUUCUUCGCGAUCAGUGAUCGACGAGCAUCGAGAGUGGCGAGCACUCAUCGCCGUACGCAUUAUCUCCGCGAUUAUAGACGACGAACGUCGUCUCGUUCUCGAUUCUUCUGCUCGCGUCGCGUCGCCGUGCUGCGAGGCAGCGCGUAUUAAGCGCUACCGGCGUGAAGUUGCCUUCGCGUCGUUUCGCAAACGAACGUCUCGAGAAGUUCGUCAGUGGGCGAUCUCCCGUUACUCGUUCGUGUGCAUCGCGCGAGUGUGAUCGCGAACCAGAGUCGAGGUGGAUUCCGGAGUGCCGAGUGCCGGAUCGAGCGACGACGGAUCGUUAUUAAUCGCCGCGCAGGUGACGAUCGGCCGGUGAUCGACAUCGUCGUUUCCCCGAUAUCAACAAUGGCGUUUAACCGUGCUCGCAAUCGCGACGACCGCUCGUUAUCGCGUUAAUUGCCGACCGCGUACGGCGUCGGUUCUCGCGUGUUCGACGAGGGAAUGGAGGCGCCAACCACGACGACGGACGAGAAGCAACGGCGGUGUCGACGAAAAGGCGGAGGAGCAGCUCUCUCUCUUCAUCUGCGGCCGAAGCCACACUAGUAUUAGGGCGAGAAUCGCGCUAACGACAUAGAGGCCAUAGAGGAGCUCUGGCCGAGGCGAAAGAGAGGUGUUCGCGGCCGCUAGGAGGAAGUCUCUCGCAAAGCGCGCAGGAGGAAAAAGGAAGCCGCGAGCGCACGAUGGGCGAGAGACGCGGUACGAAGGCGCUGGAGCUUUGGUGCCGUCGGAUAACUGACGGUUAUCCGGGUGUAAACGUGCAAAACAUGAGCACCUCCUGGAGAGACGGGCUCGCCUUUUGCGCCAUGAUUCAUCACUUUCGGCCGGACCUCAUCGACUUCGACAGUCUGAACAAGGACGAUGUGUACAGGAACAACGAGCUGGCUUUCAGGACGGCCGAGCAGCACCUCGGGAUCCCCGCGCUCCUGGACGCCGAGGACAUGGCGUCCUGCACCGUGCCCGAUCGAUUGUCCAUUCUCACCUACCUCUCGCAGUUUUACCAAACUUUCGGAGGAUCUUCACCCAGCCGUCUGGCGACGAACAGAACGACCGAAACUGCCGACGAGAGGAUUGCCCCUGUUCCAGAAUCUCCUAAACAAAAGGUGGGGUCGCGUCUGGGGAUGCGGAGGGAUCCGUGCGCCGCAUGCGGGCUGCCGGUCUUCCUGGCGGAGAAGCUGCUGAUAGCGCGCGCUCCUUAUCACCGUACCUGCUUCCGGUGCGCUCGCUGUGCCAACCAGCUGACGCCAGGCAACUACUACGAGACCGAGGAAGGCCAGUACUGCUGCGAGACGUGUCCGGACGAAGAGGAGACCGACGACGUGCGUCACAGGUACGCCGCCGAGUCACCGAUGUCCGCCACGGAAAGGGAGAAGAAUGAAUCGAGGCCGCUCAGCGACGAGGAAAAAACGGAGAGGAAGGGUGUACUGGAGAACGCUGCGGUGCCCGAUUUAAUCUCCCACACGUCGCAAAUGCGUAAGAGCUUUAUGACCAGCCAUCUGCUUUCCGAGAAGCUCGACGAGUCUAUCGCGAGCACAAAAGAUGUCAAGAUCGACUUGGAUCAUCACGAGCAAACGAAAAGCAGGAUCGGCUCGGCAUUCCCAGACGACGACGCGAACGAGGAGGAAGAAGAGGAGAAUGAUGAUGAUGAAGAUGAUGAUGAAGAGGAGGAGGAGGAGGAGGAAUCCCGCAGUUCCGUGACGGAUUCCCCGGAUAUGGAGGAGUCCAACAUUGAGCGUUACGAUGUACAUAGCGCGUUAAAUAGCUUAGACAUUAGGAGCGACGAGGAUCAGCGAUCGACUGCCAUUUCAUUCCAUGACAUAGGUAAGAAGAGAAGAGAGGAGAAUACCAAAGAGUCGCCAGGACGCGCCGGUGAACGAGCCAAUCCCGAAACGAGACUCUCGUUGGUUCAGCAGAGGCUCCAAAUGUUUGAGGCCCGAGAGAAAAGGGAUUGCGUCGAUGGGGUGGAUAGAAGCAAGAAGAGAAGUCCAGUAGUUCAAGGCGACUCCUGCGACCUGUCACCGGACGUUCUUCCAAUGAACGAGGAAGAAACGAAACAUCCGGAAAAGAGGCUCGAGGAAGACUCGAUAAUUAAAAAUACUGAUAAGCGUAAAGACAGCUUCGAGAAAGUCGGCAAACAGCAAAACGAAGACUUGAAGAUCAUCAGUAGCGGAGAAAGCGAGGAGACCUUUUCAAAGGACAUCGUACGAGCGAAUAACGAGGAACGUCUCGAUACGCAGCUCGAGAGCAGCACGAAAGUCAGAAGUAUCGAAAGACAGAAAGAGAGCUUCGCGAAGAUCGAGGACGAUCGAAUCGAAAACGGUGAGAUUGAUGGGGAGCAUUACGAGAGAGCAGCGGGUACUAGCUUGCUGACCGCGAAAGGCAUCAAUUUAAGUGACAACGAAGAUUACCCGGAAGACCUAAACCCUUUCAAGAGCGACGAGGAAGACGACCCCGUGGAGGGUAAAUCGCGGACUGUGAUGAACAGCUCUAGGAACAACAAAGUAUCGACUAAUCCAUUCGGCAGCGAGGACGAGGACAUCGAGGAACCGGAACCGCCGAAGCCAGCGGCAAGGAGUAAACCGGAGAAUCGGGAAGCGUCCGUGACGAAGCGAGUCUUGGCUGCGCCGCAAAUUAAUCUUAAUCCAUUCUGGAGCGACGACGAAGAGGAGCACGGUAGCGACGAGGCUUUUCUGACUUUAGAAGACGAAACGCCGUCUGGAAGUGUGCCUGUGCCGAAACCGCGUACUAUCAAGAUCACUUCCGAUGUAAGUGUCAUGCCACGGAGAGCUGAUUUAGAUCGUGGAGGCGUGUACGCGUCUAAUAGUUCCUUAACUAGUUCCGAAUCAACCACAACUCCCGGUGGGACGUACAGAAAGAAGAAACCUGCGCCUCAACCACCGGUUGCGAAAGAACUGUUUCCUACUGAUCAGCGCGAAUCAUCUACACUUAAAACGUAUAGCAGCACAUUACCCUAUCACGACUCAUCUCGCACAACGCCACGAGCUCGAAAAACAAAGCCAGCUCCUCCACCGCCAAUGCCAACCAGCACACCUCGCAAUGUAUCGAUCAGCAAUGCGCCAAGUUUUGAUGAAUCUCCCAUAAUCAAGCUUCGCAGCGAUGAUCGUGGCUUGAACAUGUGGGAGGAUCAGAAGACAAACAAAGACGAGGCGAAUCGUAACAGGCAGAGCUUGAACAGCGUCUUGUGCACCGACAGUUCCUACACGUCUUACUCCGACAAAAGCGUGCAAGGAAAAUGGAAGAGGAAAAAGGGUCCCGCCCCACCGCGACCAAUUCCGCAUAGGAGAAAGAUCAAAGUGAUAUCUAUGAAAGACGUGAAAUUAGAAUUAGAUGAAAUAGAAUUACAACAGCAAGGUUUGGAAAGACAAGGUGUACGAUUGGAACAGUUGAUACGAGAUAAAUGCGAAUCUGGACCUAGAGCAGACGACUCGUCGCUUGAUAUGGAAGUGGAGGAACUGGUGUUGGAGUUGUUCGCGUUAGUGAACGAAAAAAAUGAAUUGUUCAGGAGACAAGCCGAAUUAAUGUUACUACGAAGGCAACAAAGAUUAGAGGAAGAACACGUUGAAGUGGAAUAUCAAAUACGAUGUCUCAUGUGCCAACCAGAAGCUACUAAAACGGACUUUGACAAACAGAGGGAAGAAGCAUUGAUACAAAGGUUAGUAGAAAUUGUAGAGAGAAGAAACGAAAUUGUUGAAUGCUUAGAGAUGGAUCGUCGAAGAGAAAUAGAAGAAGAUAAGAGCAUAAAUAAACACAUGGGUUUAUUUGCUGCGAGGAACAAAAGCGAGCAAUCUAGCAAAAACAAGGAUUCUUCUACAGUGAAAACAAAGAAAGGAAAAACAAAGGAGAAAGAAAAGAAGAAAAAGGCCACGAAAAAGGAUGCCGACAAAGAUGUGGAUGAGACUGAGGUGAAACUCAAACGCCAUGGCAAAAGAAGAUGGUUUUGAGUUAUGAUAAUGUUAACAGUUAACGAUGAUGAUAGAUAUAGAAAAUAUUUCAUAUUUAAUACUUUUAUAUAUAUUUUUAACACCUUGUUAUUUAUAUAUGUAGGAAGUUAUGCUAAGGUUAUUAAUAAAAUCACCCGUUUAAUUGCUCCUC